ACUAACAGUUUGAAUGUGUUAAUAGUGUAUUAACAGAACUAGAGCUUCAUUCACUCAGUCUAAAUAAACAGCCUGCUGUUUGUGAGUGAGCAGCCGGUGAACUUUGUCCUGCAGAACACAAGCUGCCUGACCGUCUGAUUCUUCAGGCUUCAGCAGGACGAGCUGCUGCUUUAACAUUUCUAUUCAUAGAAACCUGAGUAAAAACUCAACAUGGCAGAGAGGAGAGCAGCAGUGAAGACAGCAGUGGAGCCGGACUUCCUGCAGUUUAAUGAUCUGGCCUGUGAGACGGUCGGUGGGAAGGUUAUUUUCGCUUCAGACGAAUGGUUUGCUCCCGCUGCCAACCUGCUGAAGACAGACUUGGUGCAGCAGCUGCUGGGUUGUCCUUGUGAGUUCUGUAAACAUCAUGAGCUUCGUUUCCCAACAUGUGAUGAGUGCGUGUCCGUACAGAGAGAGCCGCCACAGUUCAUCGCCUCGGCCUUCACCGAGUUCGGAAAGUGGAUGGACGGAUGGGAGACGAGGAGAAAGAGAAUACCUGGUCAGGACUGGUGCAUCGUCCAGCUGGGAGUACCUGGGCUGAUCUUCGGCUUCGACGUCGACACGUCCUUCUUCACUGGAAACCACUCGCCCUACGUCUCCAUCCAGGCCGGCUGUCUGGACAAACCACCGACCUUCGCUCUGGAAGGAGACCGAACCGGCAUGGCCGCCUCCGCCAGCCAGCUGGCUGCUGUCGCCAAGCUGGGCUCGGAGGCGUGGCCGGAGCUGGUGUGUGUGUCGGAGCUGAAGCCCGGAUACUCAGACUGCUGCCACAACUACUUCAGGGUCACCUUCAACCACAGAGUCACACACCUGCGCCUCAACAUGUACCCAGAUGGAGGGAUAGCCAGACUGCGAGUGUACGGCGUCGGGCAGAGAGACUGGUCAUCUGUCUCUCCCCACCAGGACGUCGACCUGGUGGCUCUGACCAAUGGGGGAGUCUGCCUCGGCUACAGCGACGCCCACUUUGGGCAUCCACGCAACAUGAUCGGUCUGGGCCGAGCUGUCAACAUGGCCGACGGCUGGGAAACGGCCCGCAGACUGGACCGACCCAAACACCUGAAGGCGGACCAGCAUGGGAUCCUGCAGGUACCCGGCUGGGAGUGGGCGGUGUUUCGUCUCGGUCAUCCUGGAGUGAUCAGCAGCAUCGAGGUGGACACCAACCACUUCAAAGGUAACUUCCCGGACUCUUGCAGGAUCGAGGCUUGUUCUUUAACCCCUGAGGAGGAAGCUCAGUGCAUCAGGACCAGGUGGAAUUCUGGGAAAUGGCAGGUCCUUCUUCCCCCUAGGAAACUUCGUCCUCAUCACAGACAUCUGUACAGCAAGGCCGAGCUGACCCUGAGCCAACCUGUCAGUCACAUCCGUCUUAUCAUCAGCCCUGACGGAGGAGUCAGCCGGCUCCGGCUCUGGGGGCGACCCACGCCGAUCGCUGCAGCUCCGGCCAAUCAGCAGAGGCCGGCGUCCAAACUCUGAACCUCCCAUCACUCGUCCUCCAUCACACAAACGCUGAAAAGAUUUAAUGUUUCUGAUCUAUGUUUGAUGAUGUUCACAAAUCGGAGCAGAAAUGCAACGUAAACAUCUGUGACAGUCUGAUGGUCAUUAAUGCUUAAAUAGUAAAAUAAACACAGCACAUCCCACAACGCUGCGAGACAAAGAUUAUGACUUGAUGGCAUCAUUAUUAUUUUACCAAUUCAUCGUUUGGUUUAUUAGAUUUAACAUUUCUAAGAACUGUGAAAAAUGUCCAUCCAAGAGUCCAAUGUGGCAUCUUUUAAUGUCCCACAAAUUUCAGUUUACUGAGACAUAACAUAAAGAAAAACAGGAAAUCUGAGACACUGAAGAAAAAGGAAACAGAAUACAUUUGAAGGGUUUGCCCCAAAAAUGACAUUUCUGAUGCCAACGGGUGUUGACCCAUGCGUCCAUAUGUGAUGACUUGGAAGUGAGAACGGGUUGGUUGGAACAAAAAAAAUGAUGAAGUGUUGGAAUAGCCUGGUAUCAUAUGAAUAACAUUAUGUAUGAAAAUAUGAAAUAAUGGAAAAUAACUAAAUAUAUUGUCAAUAAAUGUGUCAGACAAUAUUUGAACUUUG